AUGGCUGAGGCUUGGGAGGCUUUAAGGAGAUCUAUGGUCUUCUUCCGUGGUCAACCCGUUGGUACUCUUGCAGCUGUUGAUAAUACCACUGACGAGGUCUUGAACUACGAUCAGGUGUUUGUGAGGGACUUUGUACCGAGUGCGCUGGCGUUUCUGAUGAAUGGUGAACCGGAUAUAGUGAAACACUUCUUGCUUAAGACACUUCAGCUUCAAGGUUGGGAGAAACGUGUGGACAGGUUCAAGCUAGGAGAAGGUGUGAUGCCUGCUAGCUUUAAGGUGCUUCACGAUCCUAUCAGAGAAACGGAUAACAUUGUUGCAGAUUUUGGUGAAAGCGCCAUUGGACGUGUGGCUCCUGUAGAUUCAGGGUUUUGGUGGAUUAUCCUUCUCCGUGCUUACACCAAAUCUACUGGAGAUUUGACUCUCUCUGAGACACCAGAGUGUCAAAAGGGAAUGAAGCUGAUCCUGUCUUUGUGCUUGGCUGAAGG